AUGGAGCAUGAAAUUAAACCGUACGUGCAGAUCGGCAACGCCCCUUCGGUUGCCAACGCUCAACGCCACCCCUACGAUGCGACCACUCCUGUCACGGUUAGAAAUGAUGCGGACGGAGGGACUCUCUUGAUGUGGGAACUGUCGCAUCUCCAUGUUGCUCAUUGCCGCACAGAGCUGAUAUGCGAUACGCCAGAUUCCGGAUGCAUAAUCGCCAGCACACCGAUUCUAGAGAAGGUAACAUACAUGACCAGGAGCUGCAUGAGGUACUCGAUGAUGUCGGCUAUUGAUUCUGAUGUGCUUUCCCUUGGGAUUGCAGCGCGACGGGUAUUCCGACCGUUAAGGAUCCAGGCGCGUGCACGCUCAUGGUCUUGA